CUGAAGUUGCUCCGCUGCGAGCAUUUUAGUGAUUGGGGGACCUCCAAGCUGCACACAGGAGCGCGGAGGUUCGCUUUCGAGGAAAAAUGAGACUGCACUGUGGAUAAAUGGCGAACUUUAAGAUGAAAGUGUUGCUAAUUUUGGUUUCCUUUCUGCAUUCACCAAGUGUUUUAUGUUUCAGUGAGUUGUCGUUCAUCACUGAGCCCAGUGAUGUGACCGUUCUACCAGAGGACCCCGCUGUCAUGGAUUGCCAAGCUCACGGGCAGCCUCCAGUCACCAUCAAGUGGCUGAAAAAUGGUGUUCACUUGGCAGAAAGUGAGCACAUCCAGCUUUUACCAAAUGGCUCCUUGUACAUACCAAAGAUAAAGCAUAGCAAGGAGGAGUCAGAUGAAGGAUUCUACCAGUGCCUCUCCAAAAACAAAUUUGGAGCCAUCCUCAGCCAAAGAUCACGUCUGACUAUCGCAAGUAUUUCAGAGUUUUUGUUCCACCCAUUGCCUACGGAGGUGACUGCGGGCUCGGUGGCCCGAUUCUCAUGUGGAGUCACGUCCCGACCUCCUGCAACCAUCACCUGGGAGUUUAACCAAAGCACACUGCCGCUACAAACGGACAGAAUCACAGUUCUGCCCAGUGGAGUCCUUCAGAUCCACAAUGUACAAGCGAAGGACGCCGGGCAAUAUCGAUGUGUUGCAACUAACAUCGGAAGUCGGCAGAAGAGUCGAGAGGCAAAGCUGACAGUCAGCCAAGGUGCGGACACUAAAACCCGUCAGAGGCCCAAAAUCAUCGCCGGACCUCAGAACAUGACAGUUUCUCUCCACCAAACGGCGGUGCUGGAGUGCUUAGCCACUGGAAACCCCUGGCCUAUCAUUUCGUGGAGUCGCGCUGAUAGUAAACCCAUCGAUGUAUACAAAGCCAAAGUGUUGGGCAACGGGAACUUGGUUAUUAGCGACAUCAAUUCGAAGCACAGUGGAGUCUACCUCUGCAGAGCCACGACCCCCGGAACCCGCAAUUUCACCAUAGCUGCUGCCAACCUCACUGUCCAAGUACCACCAUCGAUCGUUGAGCGGCCCGAGAGCCAGACCCGUCCAAGAGCCGGUACCGCCCGUUUUAUUUGCCAAGCCGAAGGGAUCCCCCCACCCCGCAUUAGCUGGCUAAAGAACGGCGAAGAGGUUCAUUUAAACGGACGGAUUAAGAUGUACAACAGUAAACUGGUGAUCACCCAGAUCAUCCCAGAGGACGAUGCCAUCUAUCAGUGCAUAGCAGAGAGUGAAGAGGGCUCUGUGCUGUCUUUGGCUCGACUUAUUGUAGUCAUGUCAGAGGACAGGCCCAGCGCUCCCAGGAACAUCCACGCCGAGACCAUCUCGAGCUCGGCCAUUUUGUUGGCGUGGGAGAGACCGCUGUACAAUGCUGACAAAGUCAUAGCCUACUCCAUCCAUUAUAUGAAAGCCGAAGGUCUGAACAACGAGGAAUACCAAGUUGUGAUUGGCAACGACACAACCAGUUAUAUUAUUGAUGACCUAGAGCCUGCUAGGAAUUACAGCUUCUACAUCGUGGCUUACAUGCCAAUGGGAGCCAGUCGUAUGUCUGAUCAAGUCAGUCAACACACCCUGGAGGAUGUGCCUCUGCGUACACCAGAGCUACGUCUGAUAAGCCGCAACUCGACAGACAUCCAGGUGAGCUGGCAGCAGCUUCCCUCCAAAGUGAGCCGCGGUCGGGUGUCAGCGUACAGGUUGUCGUACCGCACGGCCGCAGACAACACGGUCAUCUCCGUGGAGCUGCCUCAGAAUACUACAGAGUAUCUCCUGGAGGGCCUCCAGCCCGACAUCAUCUACCUGCUCCGCAUGGCCGCAGCCACCCGAAUGGGUUGGUGUGAGCCCUCAGCGUGGACGUCCCACCGUACGCCCAAGACAUCCAGUCGCAAAGUGCCCUCAGCCCCUAUUCUUCAACUUGAGCCGCUUAACUGCACUUCCAUUGUGGCGCGCUGGCAAACCGCCCCGGAGACGGAGGCUGUCCUUGGCUAUCGCUUGCGUUACCAUGAGGAAAGUCAACCGGAACAGCCCGUCAUCCAGCUGCAAGCUCAGACCUACACCUACACCAUCAGCGGCCUUGAUCCCAGGCGAAGAUAUCGUAUCAAGAUCCUGGCUUUUAGUCAAGCUGGAGACGGCUAUGAGACAGACCAAGCCAUCAGUACCCCUGGAUGUGUCUCGGCAAGAGACCAAAUGGCAGCCACCCCUCCAUCGCCUAAUCAUGUGACUAUCUUGGCCAGUAAUUCCUCUGAAGUUUCUUUACGUUGGAGCCGUCCCACUUUCCCGUCUGGGAAGGCCGUCAGCUACACUGUCCGUUACACGAUUGUGGGCACACACAAUGCAUCCGCCGUACGCUACCUCCAAACCACCCAAGAAAAUGCGGCCAUGCAAACUUUAGAGCCAAAUACUCGCUAUGAGUUUGUGGUACGCCUUCACGUGGAUCAGAUGUCGAGCCCUUGGAGCCAUGUGGUUUAUCAUCGCACAAAACCAGCAGCUCCGAGACGACCACCUACAGGAGUGAGACUAACUCUGAUCGAGGAUGACACGGCGUUGGUAUCGUGGAAGGAGCCCGCCGAGGCCAACGUGGUGGUUACACAUUACACCAUACUUUACGCUUCCCAAACAUCCUGGAUGGCCGGACGCUGGCAGAUAAUUCAAAGAGAGGGAAGCCACACAAUGGCUCUUCUGGAGAAGCUCGAACCAGGUAAUGUCUACCUGGUGAAGAUCUCUGCCUCCAACCAGGUGGGGGACGGGCCUUUUUCGGACAUCGUCGAGCUGGUUAUGAAACGUGGAAAUGUCCAACGCAGCAAAAACGCCUGGCGCUCGGAUACUUUUCAGCAUACCGCAGUCUUCUCAGAUGGUCUUUACCACAUAGACCAGAGAUCCAUGACUGGUAUCAUCGUUGGCGUUAGCAUCGCCUUGGCCUGUAUUGUAAUGUGUGCCUUGAUCCUCAUCAGUAAAGGGAGACCAAGGAAAUCUUCUAACCACAAGGUUGUUGCUGUGCCGCCUGGCGAAGGCUUGUCUUUGCCUCACGAGCGCCACGUCGAGAACGCUGAGGCUCUCAUUCCCGUGAUGAGUACCGACUUCAUAGAUGCCAAAGGUGGAUCUAAUAUAAUGAUAAAUAGCGCGGGUCCUGUCAUGAGCAAAAAUCAAAGCAAGAAGUGGCUUCUUUUUAACAGAGAUGUCAGCACACCAACUGAGAUUGAUGUUGAAGGGCGGGUCCAUUUGUAUGAAGCUGGCAAAACCGUUCUACACUAUGAGGAGCAUUUAGGCGGCGCGCCUCUGCCUCCAUCAUCUCGGGAGAUCAUCUUCGGACCUUUCCACACCGAGACCUCGCAAAGCAGCGAGAGCAGCCAAGAGACGGGAGACUCCGGACAUUGCUCCAACGAGGAAAGCAAUGAAGAUAUGAGCAAUCCGUCGACCAGUCAAAGCUCCAAAACAGAAACUCCGGAUAAUGCAGAUGUAGCCGAGCCGAAGGCGUCUUUCCGGGUAGAAAAGCAGAAGUGUGUUUGCUACCAUAUCUCCACCCCGGAUGAUGCUCGGUCCGGCUGCGCUUCGGGCGUCAGCUAGCACUCCGUUUUUCACCCGGCUCCACAAAUGACCAUUUCUACCUCGUUUGCUUCCUGGUUUGAGCCCUCUGCUUAUUUCCUGGGGCACAAGGGAACAGGAAGUCAGCUGCUGUGAAGGAGGAAAUGAGGAUUUUCUUCAGAUCUACCUCAGGAUUUUGUAUGAAUGUUGGUCCCAACAUUUUCUUUCAUUUUUUUUUUUUUUUCCUUCUCGCUGUUCUACCUGUUGGUCUUUGUGGCAUCGUCUGUCCUAAACCAAAACUCACCCAUGAUGAAUGUUUGAAAAAAUAUGCUGUGAUACAUUUGGUCAUAUUUAAUUUGUUUUCCAUUGGACCUUGAUUGUCUACCUCAGUUUUUGUCUCAUCAUGGCUACCUCCAAAUGGUGUGCGUUUUUGUGGUUGAAAGAGCUUUUGUUUCCCAUUGCUUGUCUUUUUUCCCCCCCCAACCUUUUGUGUGGUUGACUCGAGAAAAAAAAACAAGUGCAUUAGAUAUUGUCAAACCGUUUGGGUUGUACGAGAUGUUGGACAUUUCCAGUGCACUGAACUCAAAGCUUUAACACGGCCUUAAUACUGCAACGGGCCUUGCAUACUCGAUCCAAAGACAGGAACAUUUGUACCCAAAGACUUUGUCAUAAUAGGCAACCAAAAAUACAGUAGAAGUACAUGAAGGGUGUCUUUGCCAAAAAUCCACUUCUGUGCCAUUGAUGUACAUUUUUCUCCGAAUGGUGCUUUUUCUCGGUGUAAACUUUAGUCUGGUGAAAGCUUUAGCGCAAGUUCUCGUGGCUUGUGUUCCGUUUGCCUUUUGAGACCAUUGCUAAGUGCAGCGGUGACGCCGAUGCUAUUAUCCAAAGAGUUGUCUGCUUCCUCACAUGGGUGUGGCUUUUCAUUCAGUUGAUCCUUGGCAAGAUUAGGUGGACACUAUUGAUUGAUCCUGUGUGUCUUGUCAGUGAUAGAUGAUGGUAUUUAUUCUUUGGGCACACAUUGUCGAAUACUGACCCACCCCCCCAUGUGAUGUAUGGGGGUUUGUUAUCAACGCCUCCAUGAUAUGUGGUGUUCAGAUGUGACAAAGAAGGAUUCUGACUAUCAAAAUGGAAGCCCAGUGUGUGUGAAGAGCAACAUAAUCAAUUUUUCUAUCUUUGUAAUACAAAUUAUCUUAACCAAAGAAGCUUUAAGUCUCUAAUUUAGUGAUUUUCUUUGGGUUCAUUUACACAAUUUGAAUUUAAAUGUGCUAUAUUUCUAUUCAGUUUUGAUUUGUAGAAAGGCAUUUUACAACAUGUUUUUUUUUACUUGAGAUUGCAAAACUGAUCUUAUUUCACCUUAAUGAGAAUUAGGUCGGAACCUUUACUUGAGAUGGUCCUUUGAGUAUUUGUCCUAGUUUCAGUAUGGCAUUUCCCCAAGUUCAUAUUGUCAAUGUCAUGCUCAGAGUUUUUCCUGUGUUCUUCAUUACUAUAAUUACAAAUGUUGACAUGAAUGCCACAGAUAAAUUUGCUGACUUGACUCAGGUGCCAAAUUUAGAUUUAGUGAGUAGUCUUGACUGUUAAUUUAAAUGAUCUUUUCCCUGAUUUCCAUGCUUUUGAAUACCAAAAUACUCCUUUUAACCCAAAGAGUGCAACAAAACAAAGUAUUUUAUGGGUUGGAAUGUUGCAACCGACUUUUUGAUACUCUCAAGAUUAUUGCAGACGAUAAAUAAAAUUGUUCUUGGGAAAAAAACA